UUCUAACUUCCUCGACUACAAUACCUUUUUUUUUUUUUUUUGGGCUGUAAUUAAAUUUAUCUGAUCGAUAUGGGCCGACCCAUCCAUUCAAUAUUGGCCCAUUAUAGAAACAUUACGAAAAACAUAAAAACCAAUUCAAAGAGAUUGCUAGGAAAGGUUUAGGCAAAAACCCAUUCGUGUAGUGAAGGCGGUAAACGGACCGUUGAAAUCUGGCCACUGGAGCUCAGUUAGCACAGCAGCCAUGGCGGUCACGACUUCCGAUCAGUCCCCUCGAGUCCACAAACUACCUCAGCACACCUACAUCGACGCCCUCCGGUGGCUGCCCCACGUCUCCACCUUCUCCCGCCACAUCCUCUUCGCCACCUACGACUCCGAUGCCUCCUCCCCUUCUCUCCAGACCCUCACUUUCUCCUCCUCCCAAAUCGGGCCCUCCCUCGCCCCUCAGGUCUCCAUCUCCGCACCUUCCAGAAUCACCUCCCUAAAGGUCUCUCCCUCUCCCUUCUCGCCCGCCAAACCAAUCGCCGCCGCCGCUACCUUCUCCGGCUCGGCUCUCUUCUAUUCCGCCGAUUUGAUUAACGGCUCUCUGAAUCUGGAGUUCGCCGUCCCCGAAACUGGGUUUCAUACGGGCCCCGUUUCGGGAAUUGAUUUGAGCGACAGUGGGUCGGAGUGCGUGAGCGUCGGGGAGGAUGGGAGGGUCAAUUUGGUCAAUUUGACCAAGAAGGGUUUCAGGCGGGUGUUUGAGAGUAAUGGCCUGGUUUCGUAUACCUCUGUGCGUUGGGCUUCCCCCGUGGAAUUCGUGACGGGUGCGUUCGGGUUUGGACUCCAUUGGUGGGAUCAGAGGAAGCCUGGUGGACCUGUUGCUUUGUUCAAGGAAAAUUGGACAGGAGGAGCUACUUCCGGCGUCGUGCACUCGAUCGACAUUCAUCAAUCACGAAAGCACACUUGCCUCGCGGGAGGUUCUUCGGGGACUCUGUUUGCAUGGGAUAUUCGAUCGCCAAAACAGUCUGUUGUACUCUCAGGUGUUGGCUUUCGCGAUGCGCCAAAAAAUUCUCUAGUAGAAAGCGAUGUGUGGGAGGUCCAGUAUGACAACUACACGCAUUCUUCAAAAAUAAUUAACUCCUCGUCGUCAUCCAGGAUUCUGCCAGCUAUGAUAUGUUCGGAGGAUGGAAUCCUUGGUGUGGUCGAACAUGGCGAAGAACCGGUGGAGCUUAUGGCUGAACCAUGUGCUAUAAAUAGCUUCGACAUUGACAGACAAAACCCAUCGGAUGUGAUAUGCAGUUUGGAAUGGGAAUCAGUUGCAAUUUUAACCAGGCCAUAGGCUUACAAUUUAGCUUUUGUUAAGGUUGUGUUUCAUUGAUUAUCCUCGUUGGCUCGAUAGCUUGGGCAAUUUUUGCUCGAGCUAGGAUUAUCCUUUGUCUCAUGCCUCCUCUUUCCUUUGAUCAUCCUAGAAUUCAAACAGAAAACCCAUGUCCAUGAUGUGUAAUGAAUCGACUAUCUUACAUUUGAAUUCUAUUCAUUGAGCUAUGAGAAUACGUCGAGCAUUUCUUAAA